AUGGAACAAUUUGAAACCCUAACCCAACAGCUAGUCACUAAAGGAAAUGAUACAGAACUUCAACUUUCCCACAGACUUCGAAAGAUCCAAAAACCCCAGAGAACAGGGACCUCCAUCACAUCAGAAGAAGAUGAAGAUAUCUCAGAAGUAAAAGAUUCCUUGAAGUCAGAUGACGACCCAGAGUCAGAGUUGAAGACUGGGCUAAUAUGGAGCCGAAUAUACUGCAUUUGUGGGGAUAGAGGGAUUUUGGAGAUCAAUGUCUAUUACUGCUAUGAUUUUAUCCAUCCCUUAAAAGAUCUUAUCGUUGCUAACUCUGGCAUUUUUUUCAAUCUGCUUCUGGUUUUAACAUCGAGUUCAACCAAUAGACAGCGAACAAGGGUGAUUAAGGUUGUACCACAUAACCCCAGAUUAGCGACUGAAUCAGCAGCUCGGAUCUUUCGGUCUAUACAAGAAGAAAGGAAACAGUAUGAUUGGUUUUUGUAUCUAAUCAGAGCUACCUCGCCGAAAAUAACUGUAUUCUUAAUACUGUGUUAAAUAUUUGAUGUUUUGCAUCUGUAAUUCUUACAUGGUAAUAGCAUGUACAUAAGCAACUUAAGGUUGAAAAACAAUAAACUUUUGCUUGAUUGUAACCACGCUUGAUUCUAUGCUUUAUGAUCAAAAGGCUUCUCUUUGAGAGCCUUUUUUUGCAGCAAAUCUUAGCCGCAUUAAAAAAUUAA